UCUCUUCCGAGUAGACUUUUAACGUUCAUUUUUUUCUCUUUUAAAAGCUUAAUAUGAAAAUACAGUGUUGUAAAAUUCAGAGCAACUUAUGAAUUUAACCAAAUGUUCUUUUGAAAUAUUCUGAGAUUUGCUCAACACUAUUUUACUCUAGCUCUCUGCCUUUUCCCCCCUUCUGUUCUUUUGGGUGCUAUGGCGGCUAAAUCGACCGAAGAGGAAAAACCACUCUUAUCCGGGAUGGUGGGUGGAAGACCCCAUUUGCCGGUUGACAUUUCAUGCUUUGGGUUGAUUAAGCCAGGAUUUGAUGAGACGGACCAACAUUGUUCUCUUGAUGUCUUGCCUAUUCUAAUAGAGGAGACGCCAUUUCCAGUAAGAGAAAAAUGCAGCUUAAACACUUCACAUGGUCAGGAUAUCUAUAGCAUUUCUGUGUUGCCUGAGGAAGGAAAUAUGAAUCCAAAUUGUACAUCACAGUUUACAUUUUUUAGCCUCCUAGAGGUUCCUUUUUCAUCCAAAAACCAGAUGUGUUUGGAUGUACCACUGAGUUGCCAGAGCUGCAUUGAUUUGAAAGUGGAUGGUGAAGAUGGGUAUUCAUCUUGCAUUCUGGAUAUUAACAUUGAGGAAGACUCUCCCGAGACACUUAAAACCAAAGAUGAAACUGUUGGAAAUCUAAAAAGUGAAGGUGUAGUGACACAUUUGCAGAAGGUGUUGCAGAGACAAGGAAGCUUAAUUGCAGAAAAAUCAUCAACCGAGAGGGUUCAUGAUGCACCAACGAAUAGGUGGAGGAGAUAUAAACGAGCUGCAUCAUUUGACUCGAGGAAAAUAGUCCUCCUUUUCUCUAUCUUGUCAAGUUUGGGGUCAUUGAUAUUGAUUUAUCUGACGCUGAGAGUUAGACAAAGUAUCGAUGGGUUCAACCAUGUGUAGCACCUUCGUACUCAUCUACUUCGAACUCAUGCUUUCAACUUUGUAUUUUCUUGAAACUGCUUGAGAACUAUUGUCUAAGUAUUGCUGCUUCUCUCUUUAUAUAUUUC